AUGUGUCUUCCUCCCCGUGGUGACGAAGAAGCCUAUGAUUCCUCCAAACGGCUUGCCCCUCGUCGCCGCCUGUUGCAUCAACUGCCAGCAAUCGUUGAUGAUGAUGACGAUACUCCCACUGUAACCUUUGAAGAGGCUCUCGAGCAAGUCUUUCUGGUACCCACCACUCUCUCCUCCAUUGACAGUAUCGAAGAACGGAAUCAGCUCUGGUACAAUCGAGAAGACAUUAAGGAGUUCCGCCGACAGGCGGCGUCCAUCAGUCAGCAACUUCGCGAUGGAUUGUCCAUUACCGAGUACACCCGAGGCCUGGAGCUCCGUACUUCUCUUCAUCGUCAAGACCGCAAGCAGAUGAUUGUCAAGCGAAUCCUGGAAGCUCAAGAAGACGACUCCGCUCCCGAAGAUCUGGCACGGAUUGCACAACAGCAUUCCAUCUGGUCUCGAAAGUUGGCACUGGCACAAGCACACAAAGACUACUAUGCCGCUUAUCAUCCAAACCUCACUUCGGUACUGCCAGAGAUGCCUGCCUUGUUGGACUGUCAUAAGGAUAUGGCGACCAAGAAGAGAUCGCUGUUGGGUGGGACCAUGGCUCAAACUGGGCGGCGAGUACGGUGUAGAAUGUUCUAG